AUGUUGAUAAAUUUUGGUGUUUGGGCUACUAUGGCGGCGGAACGGUUCGUCGUUCAGCUCGCGAGUGAUACCUCUUUGGUGGAGUUAAGUCGAGAUUGUUCUUUUUCUAUAGGUGUUGGAAAGAAUUUUAUUGAAAUGAUUACGGUUGGAGAUCAGUUUAAAGCACUUGCUGGGGAGUUCUCGGUCGAAGAUCUUGAGUAUUUAUAUCAUGACGAGAGAGUGGUGGCUAUUUCUCGAGAUAGAGAUCUAAAAUUGCAAGAAUAUAAGGUUCAAUAUGGUUCACCAAGACAUCUAUCCCAGUUAUCCUCUGGAGGGUCUUUCACAUUUGACCCUGUCUCGGGUAAUCUAGUAGAUGUCUAUGUAUUUGAUACUGGGAUCGAUUUCAAGCACCCUGGAUUGCAAAACGUCAAUCCGCACAAGUUGGCAGAUUUCACAAGCAGUCCCGUUCCCAGAGGAGCUGAUCCGCAUGGCCAUGGUACAAUGAUGGCAGGUUUGAUUGCUUCAGAAACAUUUGGUGUGCUCAAGAGUUGCAGUUUGGUCGAUGUAAGAGUCGCUGACAAGGAUGGGGAAGUAAAAUUAUCUACACUGAUGAAAGGAAUAAGUGCUAGUGUAGCUCAUGCUCGAUUUACGAAGAGACCUUCUGUGUUUGUUCUUCCGAUGACAAUCGGUAAGAAAAAUCAUAUACUCGAUAAUUUCCUUCAAGCCAUACCGAAAGACAUUGCCAUUGUACUCCCAGCAGGUAAUCAACAAACCGAUGCAUGCGAUUUGAGCCCUCCAAAUGAUCACAAUAUACUGGUGAUCGGAUCACUCGAUAGGGACAACCGCCUGGCAGAUUUCUCAAACUAUGGCAAUUGCGUAGACGUUUACACUUCUGGGACAGAUAUCCUCACGCUACGUUCUACAGACAGUGGCAAUGAAGUCUUACUGCAAAGCUCGAACGGCACUUCAGCUAGCUGCGCCAUUGGUGCCGGGAUAGUUGGUUACCACAUGUCCAUGGGACUGACAAGCAUGCAAGCCAUACAAACCAUCCGUUCUUCUUCGAAAGACAUAUACUCACAUAAGCACAGGCUAAAGCUUUUACAACUGAAGUUGUAA